AAAAAAAUUAAAUUCUAUCUAAAUUAAAAUUAGUAAAAUUGCAAAAUUUGGUUACGAAAUGUUGUAAAAUUACGAAAUGUUGUUUCUGUUUGUAUUUCCGCACGUAAUAUACAAACAUAUAUACAAAAUUUGCAAACUUUGCAAGACUAUAUUUUCCAAGCUUUACAACAUUUCGCAACCAAAUUUUGCAAUUUUACUAAUUUCAUUAUGUUCUUUUUAGCUGUGGUGUGUGAUUGCCUUUUCUUUGCUUAGAUUAAAAUUUAGUCUAACAUGCAAGUUGUCCAUUGAAAAUUAAUGUCAUGCCGUGAGUCCGCGAUAAUGCAUUACGUGAAUCCACACGCUACACUGACACUAAACCUCAUGAUGGCAUCUUUAAAACGGAAAAAAGGAAAAUUCAUGGUUUUGGUGCUUUUGUUUCUGGUUUGUUUGGUAUGGUCUUUCGUAAACUACAUUGCACAUGUGUCCAAUUCGACCAGACUUCCUACAGCGAGUGAUGCUUUCACAAUACGACAACCCGAUGCUAAAGUUGAAUGUAUUCAUAAUUCUAAACGAAACAGCUCUACGGAAGUGGAUAUCGCUACGGGAAGUAAAGAUAACUUAAAUGCGGCUAACGUGGCUAUGAUGCUAAAAGGAAUUAAUAGAACAUUGAUAAAAUUUAUAAACAAUUUUCAUGCAUCGAAGAUUUCUGAAAAUCCUAUAGGAACAACGAGAAAGCCAACGGCAAAACCGUCGAUUGACAUAGUAAACGACUAUUACCCUUUUGUAGAUUUUAAGUUCGUUUUCCCGGAAAUUUCGCCCAAAGUUGAAACAACACCAGAGAUUUUUAUGAUGGUUUUGGUCAAUUCGGGCGCCAAGGGCGACGAGUUUCGAAAACGUCGCGAGGCUGUCCGACAAACCUGGGGAAAUCGCAGCAAUUGUGAACAACGUAAAGCUUUGGAAGAUGAAAGAAUGAAAGAUUUAAGGUGGCUUCUCGUAUUUGUUGUUGGAAAAGCAGGAUCGGGAACGAACGAUGAUGAACUAAACAUGGCUGAAGCUAGACAACACAAUGAUAUGUUGAUAGGAAAUAUCACAGACAACUAUAUUAAUAAUGUUGUCAAGUUCUACAUGGGACAAGUGUGGGCAAGUAAAUUUGAUAUAAAAUACACAAUGAAAACAGACGAUGAUGUUUAUGUGCGCAUACCACGUGUGUUGGAAUAUCUUGUUAAUGCUAAGUUUCCAAGACCAUUUUACGGAGGUAUGACCUACCUACCAAUCAGAGUUAAUCGUGUUAUUGGUGGCAAAUGGACAGUUAGUUGGAAAUAUUUUGGUGAAGUGAAUUUUCCGAUGUUUAAUGCUGGUGCAUUCUUUAUUCUGUCCAGCGACCUUCUCAAUGGAUUAUUUAACUAUGUCUAUAUAAGAAAACCAUUUCACACAGACGACGCAUAUGUAGGGGUGGCAAUGCGAGAUUUUGGGGUAAAAAUUAGAACAAUAUUUUCGUUUGCUGUUAGGCGGGAUAUGAGUGAGUUUAUACAUAAAGCUGAGGCCUGUAAGAUAUUACGUCUAGAUGGCUUUGGACAUGAUGUGGACCCAGAAUCAACGAGAUUUCUUCAUAAUCGCCUCAAGACAUUGGCUUGUGGGAGUUUACAUCUCAAGUGUUAAAUUCAUGUGAAACAAAGAAACUUUAUAGUCGUACAGCUCAACCUAGUUGCUUUAGUAGUGUGUGAUAAUUACUGAAUUUUGUAGAAUUGAAUAUACUUGAAUGCUUGUGAAGCGCUUAUUCACCGUGUUCACACUUACAAAACGGAAAAUUGAAGCGCCGUCUGUCACUGGUAAGUUGUAAAACAUGGAAUCUUGGAAUCUGGAAUCUUGGAAUCUUAUUAUACUUAUGCAACAUAUUGUUCUGCAUGCGAUAAUUUAAUACUUGGUGAGUUAGCAGAAGCAGAUCUUGGUAAUAUAUUAUCAGUAUAUACUAUAUACGUUGCAGAAUUUAGUAUCUCCAUCUUAAUGCCAAUACCUAAUAAUGUAAAGGAUGUGCGCAUCUAAAUAAUAUCUAAAUAAUAUAGCUUUAUGAUGAGAGCUAGGCCUAGGAUAAGAAUCGUAUACGACCGUGUGAUGUUUCCAUAAAUACCGUCAUACCGAGCAAUUACAUUCCCUGCAUGCAAUUGGCUGUUGUAUAUUCUGAUCUUCCUAUAUUAUCCAGUAUUAUCACCAGUCACGAUAUUAUCAGCAAAUUGUCCAAAAUAUGUGUUUACUUAGUUGUUGGAAGCAUGCAGUGUAGAUGUCACACAUCACCAUCAUUUUGAAUCUUGCUUUUAUCCACAAAUUGUAUAUGGAAAGGACAAAAUAUUUAAGGCAGAACAUAAGACUGAAAUUGUGUAAAUGAUUAAACAAUAUUUAACUCUAGCUAUAAAAGUACAGUAUCAAUUGACAAUUUGACAAUGCUGCAAAAGAAAAGUUGAAAGUUGUCCAUAUGAUAUCAGCACAAUGGCUGUGGGUUCGCUUUUUCAUAUACCCAGGGCCGUACACAGCGCGG